CCAUUAAAUCCAAUACAUUUCAUGAGUUUGUUACGUGUCUUAACACAAGUCUUCACUUUUACACCAAUUUUCUCGAAAUUCAUCAUUAAUUCAGUUAUUUAUUAUAAUUUCAAGUUUUAAUCCUAUUAUCCAAAGAUAUGAUGUCUUGUGGACACAUAUGGAUCCCCUGUUUGGUGGCAUUGGUGGCACUGUCGGCCACUUUCGCCAAAGAGAAGAGCGAUUCCGGUGAUAAAGACGGCAAAGACAGCGUGGGAACAGUGAUUGGCAUUGAUUUGGGCACCACUUACUCGUGUGUCGGUGUCUUCAAGAAUGGUAGGGUCGAGAUCAUUGCCAAUGACCAGGGUAAUCGCAUCACACCCUCAUAUGUGGCCUUCACCGCUGAGGGCGAGCGACUCAUUGGUGACGCGGCCAAGAAUCAGCUGACCUCUAACCCCGAGAACACCAUCUUUGACGUCAAACGACUUAUUGGUCGCGAGUGGACCGACGUUACCGUUCAGGCGGACGUCAAGUACUUCCCCUUCAAAGUGAUAGAGAAGAGCGGAAAGCCUCACGUGAAGGUCGAGACCGGAAGCGGACAGAAGGUGUUCGCACCCGAAGAAGUGAGUGCAAUGGUGUUGACCAAAAUGAAGGAGACAGCGGAGGCCUAUUUGGGUAAAAAGGUGUCGCACGCAGUGGUCACAGUCCCCGCGUAUUUUAAUGACGCCCAGAGACAGGCCACCAAAGACGCCGGUGUUAUCGCCGGUCUGAACGUCAUGAGGAUUAUCAACGAACCGACCGCUGCGGCCAUCGCUUACGGUUUGGACAAAAGAGAGGGCGAGAAGAAUAUUCUGGUGUUUGAUUUGGGCGGCGGAACCUUCGAUGUGUCGCUCCUGACCAUUGAUAACGGCGUGUUUGAAGUGGUGUCCACUAAUGGCGACACCCAUUUGGGUGGUGAGGACUUCGACCAGCGAGUGAUGGAGCACUUCAUCAAACUCUAUAAGAAGAAGACCGGGAAAGACAUCCGAAGCGAUAACAGAGCCGUUCAGAAGUUGCGACGAGAGGUGGAGAAAGCGAAGCGAACUCUGAGUGGUGCACAUCAGGCGAGGAUCGAAAUCGAGUCCAUGUUUGACGGCGAAGACUUCAGCGAAGUGCUCACCAGAGCUAAGUUCGAGGAGUUGAAUAUGGAUUUGUUUCGAUCGACUCUCAAACCCGUCCAGAAAGUACUCGAAGACGCAGACCUCCAGAAGAAAGAUAUCGACGAAAUAGUAUUAGUGGGCGGAUCCACACGUAUCCCUAAAGUGCAACAAUUAGUCAAGGAGUUCUUUAAUGGCAAAGAGCCGACUCGAGGUAUAAAUCCCGACGAAGCCGUCGCUUUCGGAGCUGCAGUUCAGGCGGGAGUGCUGUCUGGAGAGGAAGACACCGGAGAACUCGUACUUUUGGACGUAAACCCCUUGACUAUGGGUAUUGAGACCGUUGGCGGUGUUAUGACUAAAUUGAUUCCCAGAAAUACUGUUAUUCCGACCAAAAAAUCCCAAAUCUUUAGUACUGCAUCUGACAAUCAGCACACCGUCACUAUCCAAGUGUACGAAGGGGAACGACCCCUUACCAAAGACAACCACCUUUUGGGCAAAUUCGAUUUGACUGGUAUUCCUCCGGCGCCCAGAGGUGUGCCUCAGAUUGAAGUGACGUUUGAGAUCGACGUGAACGGCAUUCUGAAAGUGACGGCCGAAGACAAGGGAACCGGCAAUAAGGAGAAGAUCACGAUUACUAACGAUCACAACCGACUCACUCCCGAAGACAUCGAGCGUAUGAUCAAAGACGCCGAGAAGUUUGCCGACGACGACAAGAAGGUUAAGGAGAAGGUUGAGGCCAAGAAUGAGUUGGAGUCGUACGCCUACUCUCUGAAGAACCAGAUCUCGGAUAAGGAAAAACUCGGCGGAAAGAUCACCGACGAGGAGAAGACCACUAUUGAGACGGCCGUCGAUGAGGCCAUCAAAUGGAUGGAGGCUAACGCUGACUCAGAAGUGUCUGAAAUGAAAGCUAAGAAGAAGGAGUUGGAGGACACCGUUCAGCCCAUUAUUGCCAAGUUAUACGCCGGCGCCGGUCCCACACCCGGUGGUGAAGCCGGUCCUGACUCUGAAAAGGAUGAACUCUAACCCAUUUGUAAAUUAAUCGUUAGGUUUAGCUCUCAUUUUUCACAUUUCGUUCACUUCUUGUCAUCAAAUUUCUAUUUAUUUGAAUAAAUUUAGUUAUUAUUGGAAUUAAUAUAACAAUCUUUUCAAUUGAUUUUUAAUAUUAAAUAAAUAUUGAGAUUUUAUUUCUUAAAUA